AUGCGCACUUGCCCGCGUACCUUCGGCGACCUCUCCACCCCGGCCACUCGGGCAGCGUCAUCUGUGGGGCAACACAGGGAGAAGGCUAGCGCCGCGCGGGGUGCGGUCCAGACGCGCAGAUCCUCCCUGCCUGCUGCGGGGACGGUUCGUCCUCAAGGUGGGCGGUUUGCUGUCAGUGUCGUCACGCCUGAUGCCUAUGAACUCACGCCUGCUCCGUCCCAGCCUUUAGUUAGCAACACCUACACCAUCGACAUGGCUCACCAGCGUGGACACCGUGAACCGGGAGACCUUGAAGUCGGCGUCAACGACGUCUUCCUUACCCACCCCAAGCCGCACCUGCCUGAGCGGCCGCCGCCUCCCCGCUGGCUCACGACAUGGGAGGCCCGCCGCCCUAAGUGGCUACAGGAGAUGGUCGGCGAGACGAUUGGUGUCUUCUUCUAUACCUGGUUCGGCUUUGGCGCCACCGCGGCAAUGAUUACGACUGAAGCCUCUAACGCCGGAGGAACUUUGUUGACCGUCGCCAUGUGCUACGGUGUCGGAAUCGUUGUCGGUAUUCUUGUUGCUGGUCCCAACUCUGGUGGCCACCUGCACCCUGCUUUUACCAUCUCGUUCGCACUUUUCAAGGGCUUCCCCUGGCGCAAGGUGCCCCAGUACAUCAUCGCUCAAACGUUCGGUGCCUUCCUCGGAGGGUUGAUCGUAUAUGGCCAAUACCAGCCGCAGUUCACGCAAAUGACGGCCAAGCUGAUCGCCGCUGGCAAGGAGGCAAUGGUGUACAGCUCCGCUGGUCCAUCCGGCGCGCUGGCGAUCUACCCUCCCCACUUCAGCAGCAUGGGCUUCGUCUUCCUGAACGAAAUCUUCACGAGCGCCGCUCUCGGCAUCCUCGUCUUCCAGGUGCUCGACCCGAGCAACGUCUUCGUCACCCCGCCCAUGGUCCCGAUUUUCAUCGCCCUCGGCUUCUUCGGCGCCGUCGCGUGCUACGCCGGCAACGGUAUUGCGCUCAACACCGCCCGUGACCUCGGAGCUCGCUUCGCCGCCGCCUGCUUCUGGGGCACUGGUGUCUUCCCUGCCCGCAUGACCGCCGAGGCAACAUUCACCAACAUUCUUGGAACGGCCAUUGGCGCCGCAAUCCAGACGUUCUGGCUCUCGGACUCAAUCCGCCCGCCGACGGAGCACGCAAUCCAGGCCCACGUCGCGAUGGAGAAGGAGAAGGAGGCGCACCUCAACCGUAUCCUUACUGCGCGCUCGACGGACACGCGCCAGGGCAUGCUGUCUCGCGUCCUCACCGGCGGAAAGGUCUCCUCCAGUGGCGCCACCGUCGAUCUCGAGAAGGCGUCGGAGUAA